GUGCUGGCAGGCAUUACUGUGGGAAUCAUAAUGCGUCCUGUUCUGCUCAUGCUGCCCAUUUUGUACCUAACCUAUCGUCUGCCCUUCUGUGAAGCUCGAAUUAUUGCCCACUCUUACUGUGAGCAUAUGGGCAUUGCCAAGUUGGCCUGUGCGAGCAUUCGCAUCAAUGCCAUCUAUGGCYUGUUUGUGGCUUCUUUCCUYGUCUUGGAUUUGGCACUGGUUGGCAUCUCCUAUGYCCACAUUCUCCGUGCUGUUUUCCGCCUCCCAUCACGAGAUGCCCGCCACAAAGCACUGAGCACUUGUGGCUCACAUGUUGGGGUCAUGUGUGUUUUCUACACCCCAUCCCUCUUCUCCUUUCUUACCCACCGAUUUGGCAAAAAAAUUCCCCGUUAUGUCCACAUCCUUGUUGCCAACCUGUAUGUGGUUAUCCCACCUGCCCUCAACCCCAUUAUCUAUGGUGUGAGGACCAAGCAGAUUCGUGAGCAUGUAGUCCAUGUUUUCACUUCAAAGUAG